AUGCAGAUUGAGCAAAGGAUAGUUGGCAAAGACAAUCAGACCAGGGUUACAGAAUUCAUUCUAAUUGGAUUUUCAAAUUACCCCAAGUUUCAGGUACCCCUCUUCACCAUUUUUCUUCUUAUGUACACCGUAACUCUGACUGGAAAUAUCCUUAUCAUUCUUGUCACAACAGUGGACCCUAUACUCCACAGUCCCAUGUACUUCUUCCUUCAAAACCUUUCCCUCUUAGAGCUAUGUUUCAAUUUGGUAAUUGUCCCAAAGAUGCUAGUCAAUUUCAUGAUGGAAAACAAGACCAUUUCCUAUGCAGGUUGUGCCACCCAGAUGUAUUUCUUCUUCUUUUUUGGUGCAGCUGAAUGUUGCCUCCUUGCUGCAAUGGCGUAUGACCGUUAUGUUGCCAUCUGCAACCCUUUACAUUACCCACACAUAAUGAACAGAUCAGCUUGUUUCCAACUGGCUGCUGCCUCAUGGUUCUCAGGUUUCCCUGUCUCUAUUGUGCAGACAACAUGGAUAUUCAGUUUUCCAUUUUGUGGGCCAAACACAAUACUUUUUUGUGACAGUCCCCCAGUGCUAGAGUAAGCUUGUGCUGAUACAUAUGUGUUUGAAAUAGAAGCUCUCACAGCCACAGUGCUCUUCAUUAUAUUCCCUUUCCUCUUGAUUCUGCUCACAUAUGUGCACAUUGUAACUACCAUCUUAAGAAUGCCCUCAGCGGAGGGACAGCAUAAAGCUUUCUCUACAUGUUCAUCUCAUCUUGUUGUGGUUACUUUGUUUUAUAGCACUGCCACAUCUACCUACUUCAGACCUAAAUCCAGCUACUCACCAGAAACAAAGAUCCUCUCUCUUUCCUACACAGUAAUCACACCCAUGUUAAACCCCAUCAUCUAUAGCCUAAGAAACAAAGAGGUUAAAGGUGCAUUGAAGAGAACAUUAUUCAAGGGACUAUCUGCUCAGAACAAAAGGUGGGAUAGAUGA